AUGGAAGGACUUAGUUUUAUAUCCCUUGUUACCAAUAGUCAAGACAAGUUUGACAACAUCGCCCGCUUUUAUGGCAAACUUGGGUUCAGAUUAACCAAGAAUUUUUCUAGGGUUACCAGUAAUGGUGCAGAAGCUGCUGCAACCAACCCAAAAUCUCAUUUAGGGAUUUCAAAGGAUUCAACCCGUGAGAUCUGGUUGGAGAGUUUCCCCUUGCAGAAUUUAGAUAAGAAUGGGAAUAUCCGCCCCUGGCAAGAAUUGGAGGUUUACGAUGGUGAUUCUAGUGAAAAGUUAAGUACUGAGACCACACUCAAGUUGAGAUUAUCCAAUGUUGACAAUGUAGAUGGUAAUCUUCCAAAGAAGUUUAUCUUCUUCACUACAGAAUUGUCCAAAGUUAAAGCAAUCUUGGAAUCAGAAAACAUAAAGUAUGGACAAAUCAAUGAAACCAUGAUAUUGGCAGAAGAUCCAUUAACCAAUACUGUUUGUUUUUCAAGCACUCAAAACCCAUUGUCCAGACAAUCCUUCACUUCUGCCCAAGAAUUUAUUGAUACCAGAACUCAAGAGGUUUUAAAUAAUAGAAAGGCAAAUACUCUUGCUAGUAAAGCUUCUGUCAUAUCACUUGAUGACACAGAAUUAGUCAAACCAAAGAUUAGAAAAAAGAAGAUUGCCGUUAUGACAUCAGGUGGUGAUGCUCCAGGUAUGAACCCUGCAGUUAGAGCAGUUGUUCGUGCGGGUAUUUAUUACGGAUGCGACGUAUUUGCUGUUUAUGAAGGUUAUGAAGGGUUAGUUAAAGGUGGAGACCUUUUAAAGAAGGUUGAAUGGGCAGACGUGAGAUCAUACUUGUCUCUCGGUGGUACUCACAUUGGUACUGCUAGAUGUAAAGAAUUCCGUGAACGUAGUGGAAGGUUAGAAGCUGCUUACAAUAUGGUCAUAAACGGGAUUGAUGCUUUAGUUGUUUGUGGUGGUGAUGGUUCUUUAACAGGUGCUGAUUUGUUUAGAAGUGAAUGGCCAUCAUUAAUUGAAGAAUUAGUUUCUACAGGAAGAUUGUCCAGUAAACAAGUUGCUCCUUACAAGCAUCUUACCAUUGUGGGAUUAGUUGGAUCCAUUGAUAAUGAUAUGUCAUGUACUGAUGUUACCAUUGGUGCCUUUUCAGCAUUAGAGAGAAUUACCGAAAUGGUUGAUUAUAUUGGAGCUACUGCUGCCUCACAUUCACGUGCAUUCGUCGUUGAAGUUAUGGGAAGACACUGUGGUUGGUUAGCAUUAAUGGCUGGUUUAGCCACAGGUGCAGAUUUCAUCUUUAUUCCAGAAAGACCACCAAGUGCCCAAAAUUGGAAACAAGAGUUGAAGGAUGUUUGUUCCAGACAUCGUGCAUACGGUAGAAGAAAGACUACUGUUAUUGUAGCAGAAGGUGCUAUAGAUGAUGAAUUAAACCCAAUCACAUCAGAAGAAGUCAAGAAUGUCCUUGUUGAGUUAGGUUUAGAUACCAGAAUCACCAUUCUUGGCCACGUUCAAAGAGGUGGUACAGCAGUUGCUUUCGAUAGAAGAUUAGCUACUAUGCAAGGUGUUGAAGCUGUACGUGCAGUAUUAGAAAUGACUCCAAAUACACCAUCACCAAUGAUUGGAGUUUUAAAGAAUAAGAUUGUCAAAUAUCCAUUAGUUGACGCUGUCAAACAGACUAAAGCUGUAGCCACAGCUAUUGACAAUAAAGAAUUCGAUAAAGCAAUGGGUCUUAGAGAUACCAGUUUCUAUGAUUCUUAUCGACAUUUCAGAUCUAUCACCUACGAUGACGAUGGUUCUAAGCAAUUAAUGGAUACUGACAAGAGAUUAAAUGUAGCUGUGAUUCAUGUUGGUGCUGCCCUGGCAGGUUUGAAUGCUGCUACUCGUGCCGUUGCGUUAUAUAGUAUUUCUCGAGGUCAUAACUUAUAUGGUGUCCAUGAUGGGUUUACUGGAUUGUGUCAAGGUAAUUUAACCAAGUUAGAAUGGUUAGAAGUUGAAGGAUGGCAUAGUAAAGGUGGUUCAGAGCUUGGUACUAAUAGAUCAUUGCCAUCUCAAGAUUUUGGUAAAGUUGCUUACUAUUUACAAAAAUUUAAUAUCCAAGGGUUGAUGAUUAUUGGUGGGUUUGAAGCUUUCACUUCAUUACAUGAAUUAUAUAGCCAACGUUCACAUUAUCCAAUUUUCGAAAUCCCAAUGGUUGUUGUUCCUGCCACUGUUUCUAAUAAUGUUCCGGGAACAGAAUAUUCAUUAGGGUCUGAUACUUGUUUGAAUCAAUUGGUCAGUUACUGUGAUGCAGUUCAACAGUCGGCAUCAUCAAGUAGAAGAAGGGUCUUUGUUGUUGAGGUGCAGGGAGGACAUUCCGGUUAUGUUGCUUCAUACUGUGGAUUAAUUACCGGAGCAUUAGCUACAUAUACUCCAGAACUGAAAAUUAAUUUGAAUGCUCUUCAAGGCGAUCUUGAUCUUUUAUUCAAAGUUUUUGCAUCUGAUCGUGGUGAAGAUCAUAAUGGUAAAUUAAUCAUUAGAAAUGAACAAGCAAGUUCAGUUUUCCUGACGGAGUUAAUCGCCGACAUUUUAAAGGAAAAUGCCAAUGGCAGAUUUGAAACAAGAACUGCUAUCCCAGGUCAUGUCCAACAAGGUUACACCCCAACUGCAAAUGAUAGAGUUAUGGCAGUUAGAUUUGCAUUACAAGCUAUGGAAUUCAUUGAAGAUUGGAAUGGAUGCGGUGUGGUUCAUGAAAGAAGCAGUGAUAAGAAGAAGUCCAAGCAUAAGCAUGUUGUUAUUGGUAUUCAUGGUGAUACCAUUGAAUUUACUUCCGUUCACAAAUUAUAUGAAACUGAAGCCAAUGUCGAAUUAAGAAAAGGUAAGACGAUCCAUUGGGACGAUAUGAUUGAAGUUUCUGAUAUGUUAAGUGGGAAAUUAUUGUUGAAAAAGCAACGUGAUUUGUAA